AAUAAACAAUGUCAAUGUUAUUGCUUCGUGAGCUUCACUUGGGAGGGCUCGAAAAUGACCAUACACGAAGCGGCUACGAUCAAACCAAAAACGCCGGAGGAAGAGGAAGUGUUCAAAAAUCUGUGGUCGAUACGACCGUGUUACUUAUAUAAUGAGGAGUACGACGAUUGUACCAGCAUCAAAGCGCGAUUCCAUCAGUAUUUCAUCCACGGUGAAUCGAUCGACUGCAACCAGUGGAAGCGGGAUUACGCCAACUGCACACGCUUUGAGAAGAAUCCCACCGACACGAAGAGUGCUUUGGAGCUGAUACAAAGUGAGGCGAGCCGACGAGAGGAACGCAUGCGGGCCCACUACAGCAAUAACGUGUGGACCAAACGCACGGCACCACCCGAAGAUUGGUCAAAACCACUGCCCGAACAUAUGCUAAAGGAGUAUGAAGGAUCGUAUCUCGCUGCGAAAGCCAAAGAACUGCGCGGUGGACCGCAGACAGCGGACAGCGAUAGUUUUUCUUGCUCGAUUAUGUGAUCCUUGCUGGUACGAGUAGCUUUAGCAACACAAGUAUAUUCAUUCAAAUUUACUUGCUCGUCCGUACAUUGUAGCUAAAAAUCUGUUCCACACGGUGUGGAUUGUAUUUCUUAACUUAAGGAUAUACAAUUAAGCGGGAGUUAUAUGCAAACGGGAGUUCCGAUGCGAUUUCUUAUGUAUCACGACGUUAUAGCUCUUGUUGAAGGCCUUUCCACAGAUGUCACAUUUGAAGGGCUUCUCUCCUGUGUGCUUGCGGAUGUGCAACGUUAAAUCCCCCCUGGAAGAGAAAAAGAAAUGGAUAAAAAGUGUCCUUGCAACUUGCCGGAACCAGUAGCGAACUUGAAUUUAAACGCCCAAUCGCAGUAGGUGCAGGCAAACGGUUUGGCAGUUGUGUGCUCUUUCUUGAAAUGGUGCCACCGUUUGGCCCAGUUGUUGAACAUUAGGCCACAUUCGCUGCACUCGUAUUGUUUGUCGUUGGUGUGUUUUGUUUUUACGUGAUCUCGUAGUGAAUUUGGCCGAAGGUACGUCUUUCCGCAAAUUUCACAGGGAUAUUUCUUCUCCAGUGUGUGGUUGCUGUUUAUGUGUAACUGCAUUCGAGCCGAAUCUUUGAACGAUUUCCCGCAGUACGAACAGAACACUUUGGGCCGGUCAGGAUCGUGCGUUAACAGAUGUUGUUUCAUAUUGUUUCGCGCGAUCAUUUUGCCACAUUGAAUACACGGAAGCUUGCUUUUGCUAACCGUUGCCACAGCUUUGUUUCUGUUCCGUUUCGCCGGAGCCUGUUGCCGGUUGACCGUUGGGGAAUAUUCGUCAUCUUCGGACUCCUCCUGAUAUGUGUCCUCGGCAGGUUCAAUGAUUAUCUCUUCCACCUGAUGAGCGCUAUCGAACUCAUCGCUUUCCAACGAACUACUCAUCGCUUUCAACUCAUAAGAGUUGCAAGGUGUAUUUGAGGGUUGCACAGAAUGGCCGCGAUAUUUUUGCCGAAAAAUUUCGUCAUUCAUAACACAGCGUUCUCUAAAUGCUUGAAAGCCCCGCAACGCGUUGUGGCAAUCCGAGCAGAUGAAGUACUGGCAGUUGGCA